AUGGGACUAUGUGACUGGAGGAGGGCGCUGUUGCACACAUGCCUUCUAUCAAUUUUCGCAUUCCAGAAAUCGGCUGCUGCUCUAGCGUUCACAAAUCCCUCGCUGGCAGGCCUGACUGCCGGUGCCCCAUAUAAUCUCACAUGGAGUGGCGCAUCCGGAACAACCACGGUAACACUCCAAAAUGGAACGGCGAAUGAUCUCGAAAUGGUAGUUGUUAUUGCUUCCGACGUUUCGGACUCCUUUCUGGAAUGGAGCCCAUAUGCCUUCACGCCAUCGGGAUCCUAUGUGGUUCGUCUUGAAGACACAUCAGGACAGACGGCCGUCUCUGAUCAAUUCACGAUGAUGCCCGCUGGAACUAAAACCUCUUCCACUACUGGACUUCAUUUCACGUUGCCCUCAUUCGAGGGUGUCAAUGUCGGCUCGCCAAUAAACAUCACAUGGUCUGGUGCCACGGGUUCGACAACCUUGACCCUACAAAACGGAACCGAGAACAGUAUCCACGAUGUAGAUGCUAUUGCUACGGACAUCCAAGCUUCUUUCUUUGUCUGGACCCCACCAGCCACUAUCCCAUCAGAUGACUACGUCUUCCAACUCAAAGAUGACUCAUCAGACGAAAUCGCCUACUCCAACAUCUUCAGACUCCUCGCUCUGGGCGAGACUCUCCCAGUGGUGACGGCCGUCGACCCCAACCUCCCAGCAGCCUCAACCCCCGACGAGCAAGAAGAACCCUACCGGCCCGCGCCUUCCCACCCCAACAUCUCCCUCGCCGCCAAAAUCGGCGUAGCAGUUGGCUCUAUUGUCCUCACCCUCCUAGUCAUCGGCAUCGUCAUCUUCUACCGCCGAAGACACAGGAAUCCAAUGGAGAGAAUGUCGAUGAGCGAGAGCUCGGAUCAGUUUUUGCAUGAUAGGAGGAAACCUUCGUCAGAGAUGGGCAUGCUCGAGCCGACGAGACCAAGGCCAGCUGAAUUAGGCGAUAGAGGAAGGCGGCUGGAUCGUCGGUCAAGGGAACUGGGUCACGAGGAGUGGCGAUGA